AUGGUUUGGGUCAAUGGAUGUCCCAAAUUUCUGAUAGAUCUACCAAUAAAUGAAGAUAUAAUUGAUAUAGCCCAUAUUUAUCAUACACCGUUACUUACUGUGCUUACAAAAUCUGGUGUAUUUGUUUUCCAUCAACAUACUUUACUUCCCCUAGCUUCACAUGUUCGAAAUACCCAGUCAAUUGAAACCAAUGGGUAUAAUAUUCAAAUGAAAACGAAACAUGUUAGUGUAAAUACAGCUAAGCUUCAAAAAUUAAGUAUUGUCAAUUUAUUUAUCCAAUCUGAAAAUAAUUUUUUGAUCAUUUAUCAAAUUUCCAUUAAUUAUUCAGGAUCAAUAUAUGAAGUACAUAAUAAAAAUGAUGAAUUAAUACAAAAUGGGUUACCGUUGAGUUCUACAUCACUGGGGUUUUCCGUGACGGAUUUUUUCAAAUCAGCGACAAAAUCAAUUAUUCAUGGAACUGAAGAAGUUUCGGUAAAUUUAGAAAAUAUUGAAAAUAUAAAUAAUGGAACCAUUGAAGAUGAAAUAGGUGGAUUUGAAAUUGAACCCAUUAAAUUGUCAAUUUUUAAAAUUUUAAAAAUUGGAAUUGGAUUAAAAGAUUUUUGGUUACAAGAAAAUUCUCAUACUCUAUUUGUUUUCAAUAAUCAUGAUGAAAAGACACCCGAUAAUGAAGAUGAUUUUUUCCAAAUAAUAAAUGUAUUGAAUUUUAAAAAUAAAUUAUUUAGUUUACUGGAAUUUACGUGGUAUGAUUCAAAUAGUCGAAUAAAGUAUAUCACGUACAAUGAAUAUUUUGAUUAUUUUAUAUUUGUUAACAAGAAGAAUGAAAUUUGGAUUAUGCAUUUAGGAAACGAUCAAGAAGAUAUGGGAUAUAAAAUAGGUACUGGGGACAUUGACAAUAUUUCAUUUAACCCACAAUGCCAUUUAUUAAUUGCCAAAGACAACACUAGUGCCGGUGGUACUUUAAAUACAUAUAUGUUGAAGAAUAAUAACUUACAAUUUCUUAAAAAUUUAAAUCUUAAUGGUGAAAUUAAAUGGUCUCCAUGUGGUCAAUUUUUCACAUUAUUAGAAGCAUCAGGCAGUUGGAAACUAUUAUCAAAAUUUGGUAGUAUAUCUUUUGAUUCACAAGAAAUUUUGAAUGAAUUUGAUGAACUGAAUGAUCCCAAUCGAGAUUUCUUAAAGGCAAACAUUAUAGUGAUAUCACAAAAUGCAUCUACUUUAUAUGUGGUGACCGAUAAAAAGAUUUUCUAUACACCAUUAAUGAGAGCUAAUGGUGGAUUACUUUACGAUCAUGAAUAUGUAAGUGUGAUUCAAAGUGACAAACGUUUAUUGAGAUUCCCCAUACUUGCCAAAUACAAAAAAAUUAUACUAGAUAGAGGUCAUUUCAAUGGCAGAAUUCACAAAAACUUGAGUAGCCAAACAGGCAAACUAUGUUUAGAUAAGAACAGUCAUAAUCAAUUAUCAAUUUCUUAUGGUGAUUAUCUUGCGGUUUCUACCCCUUACUCACAGGGAGAUCUGAUUUAUCAUGUUCUUUGGUUUAAUUUCAAGAAUUUUUUCGCAGACUCUUUAAACAUUAUCCAUCAUUUUUGGUUUCAAGAUUUUCUUAUUGUGGUUAAUAGACGUUCAAGGCAUACAUUUGAAGAGAACGAAGAAGUUGAUGAUGUUAACGGUAACGGCGACUAUUUAGUGGAUGAAUUUAUGGUUUUAGAUGCAUCGAAAACAAAAUAUGGAAUGGGUGGUGAAGAAAUUUCAUUCACCAGUGAUUCACUUAUGUGGAAAUAUGAUUUCAAAAGUACAUUUAUCGAUAUCAAUUUAUCAGAACCAACAAAGGGGAAAAGUCAAGUUGUUAUACUUACUGCUGACCAUCGAUUAAUUGUUCUUGAUUUAUCAACCAAUAGACUUAUUAAGUCGGAUACGGAUAUAAAGCAUUAUAAAAUAUUUAUAUCGGUGAACAAAACCGUCAAUUUAUCAACUAUUAAUGCCAAAAUUGAAUUAAAUCAAGUGGUUCAAACAAGUAUGAUUAAUAAUAGACAUUUCUUAUUUUUACUUGCCACGGGUGAUAUUUAUCUUUUGAAAAACCAAUCUCGAGAAACAUCAUCAUCAUUAUCAUCAUUACGCACUCCAAUUGAAGCAAUAAAACCUAGCAAUAUGUAUGAUUUAGUGAAAUUACAUUCAAAUAUUGAAUUUUUCAAAUUCAAAUCAAUUAAAUUUGAAAAUGAUAUUGAAUUUGUUUAUUUGUUUAAUGGACAAGAGAUUCUUGUUUAUGAAGUUUCAGAAUUAAUUGAAAAAUCUUAUAAUGAUAAUGAUAGGGAAGAAAAACCUGAAGAUGUAUUGGAGUUUAAAGAAGAAGAAGAGGAAAAUUUAUUACCGAUAUGUAUUCAUACUGAUGGAAUGCAACCAUUUGAAUUUGAUGCUGUUUUCAAUCAUAAAUCAUUAGAUUUGAUUGGAUUGAACACUUUAGCAAUAAAUAAACCAAAAUCGGGUGGAUUAUUUAUUAGAAACACUGUGUCUCGGAAACUUAUACUAAAUAAUUUCAUUGAAUUUGAUCUUUUACAUAAAGGUGAUUUAGAAAGUUCAUUUAAAAAAUAUGAAAAUUUCAAAAAUUUCCAUUAUUGUCUUGAAUUACUUUUAUUUAAACAUUUAACCAAUGAUGAUUAUCUACCUUUGAAACGGUUAUUUCAAUUGAUUGAAUUUACAGAAAAUUCUGAAAGAAUUUAUAUCAAUUGUUUAAGAAAAAUUGAAAUUGGAUAUUGGCAUAGAUUUUUCAGUGCUUUAGAAACAACCCCCGAGAAAUUUAUGAAACGAUUAAUUGCCAUUGAUAAUGUUGAAUUAUGUUAUAAUUACUUGAUCAUAUAUCUUAAUUAUAAGAAUGAAGGUGAUACUGAAACUGAUGAAUUAAACGAUCAUGAUAAAGAGGUGAUAUUGAAAAUCAUUAAAAUGUUAGAGUCUUCUUCUAAAUGGGAUUGGUGUUUUGAAUUAUGUAGAUUUAUCAAGAUAUUAGAACCUUCAGGUGAUUUUCUUAGACAAAUUAAGCAGGAACUUGAAUAA